CAUGAUCCCAGAGCCGGGCCCUUCCAACUACAGCAUCCCGGACUGGGGGUCGGUGCCGCCAUCGAGCCCUCGGGGCAGCGGCUGGGUGGCAGCCGCGCUGUGUGCAGUCAUCGCGCUGACCGCGGCGGCCAACUCUCUGCUCAUUGCGCUCAUCUGCACGCAGCCGGCGCUGCGCAACACGUCCAACUUCUUCCUGGUGUCGCUCUUCACUUCAGACCUGAUGGUGGGGCUGGUGGUGAUGCCGCCGGCCAUGCUGAACGCGCUGUAUGGGCGCUGGGUGCUGGCACGUAGCCUCUGCCUGCUCUGGGCCGCCUUCGACGUGAUGUGCUGCAGCGCCUCCAUCCUCAACCUCUGCCUCAUUAGCCUCGACCGCUACCUGCUCAUCCUCUCGCCGCUGCGCUACAAGCUGCGCAUGACGCCCCCGCGCGCCCUGGCGUUAGUUCUGGGCGCCUGGAGCCUAGCUGCUCUUGCUUCCUUCUUGCCCCUGCUCCUGGGCUGGCACAGGCCAGGCCGCGCACAGGCGCCUGCCCCAGGCCAGUGCCGCCUGCUGGUCAGCUUGCCCUUCGUCCUCGUGGCAUCCGGCCUUACCUUCUUUCUGCCCUCGGGCGCCAUCUGCUUCACCUACUGCAGGAUCCUGCUGGCCGCCCGAAAGCAGGCGGUGCAGGUAGCCUCUCUCACCACCGGCCUGGCCGGCCAGGCCUUGGAGACGCUGCAGGUGCCUCGGACCCCACGUCCAGUGGUGGAGUCAGCUGAGAGCAGGCGUUUGACCACCAAACACAGCAGGAAGGCCCUGAAAGCCAGUUUGACACUGGGUGUCCUGCUGGGCAUGUUUUUUGUGACCUGGCUGCCUUUCUUUGUGGCCAACAUAGCCCAGGCUGUGUGUGACUGCAUCUCUCCAGACCUCUUUGAUGGCCUCACAUGGCUGGGUUACUGUAACAGCACCAUGAACCCCAUCAUUUACCCUCUCUUCAUGCGGGACUUCAAGCGGGCCCUAGGAAGAUUCCUGCCAUGUCCCCUCUGCCCCCAGGAGCACCAGGCCAACCUCACCUCACCAUCCAUGCGUACCUCUCACAGUGGCCCCCGGCCAGGCCUGAGCCUGCAACAUGUGCUGCCCCUGCCCCUGCCCCCCAACUCAGACUUGGCCUCAGACCCAGACUCAGGUGGCUCCUCAGGCCCACAGCUCACAGCCCAGCUGCUUCUACCUGGAGAGGCCACCCGGGAGACCCCACAGCCUGCCCGGGCCACUGCAGCUGUCAACUUCUUCAACAUUGAUCCAGUGGAACCCGAGCUGCGGCUGCAUCCACUUAGCACCUCCACAAACUGACCCAGGCCUGGACCUGACCAUUGGGGAAAUGGACUG